UUUUAUGGAAAAGAGUUAUCAGAACGUGAAUUACGUGAUAGUGCAUUAGAACUAACUACCUAUGCCGCUAUCGAAAACAAUAAUAUGAUGUUAGAGCAAGAUGAUAUUUUGGUACCUUCCGACUCAUCAAAUAAUGAGAAACUAGAGAUUGGAUCAAUGGUUGAUCUGUCAAACACAAAUUUCGGUGGGUCGGGUGGUUUAGAAAUGUCUCAUAUUGUAGCACAAGGAAGUGGUAAUAUGGAUUUUGAUCCUAUCGAAAUCGCGGAAAGCGAAUUACG